GAACGGGAGCGGGACCGGGAGCGGGACCGGGAGGCGGAGCGGGAGGAGGAUGUGGUUCUUCUCCCGGGACCCGAUCCGGGAUUUCCCGUACGAAGUGUCCCCGGAGGAGACCCCGGAGACCCCGCCCGGGCCCUGGGGCCUGCACCGGGGAAAGAAGAAGGCCACCGGCGACCCCGUGUCCGUGUUCAUCUACGACGUGAAGCCCGGCGCCGAGGAGCAGACCCUGCUGGCCAAAGCGGCCUUCAAGCGCCUCAAAACCCUCCGCCACCCCAAUAUCCUGGCCUACAUCGAUGGGUUGGAGACGGACAAAUGUCUCUACGUGGUGACGGAGCCCGUGACCCCCCUGGGGACCUACCUGAAGGCGAAAGGCGACGCUGGGGAGCUGAGCCAACUGGAGGUCUCCUGGGGGCUGCACCAGAUUGUGAAGGCCCUGAGCUUCCUGGUCAACGACUGCGGCCUCAUCCACAACAACGUCUGCGUGGCGGCGGUUUUCGUGGACCGGGCCGGGGAGUGGAAGCUGGGGGGCCUGGACUACAUGUACUCAGCGCAGGGGGACAGCGGGGGCCCCCCCCCAAGGAAGGGGAUCCCCGAACUGGAGCGCUACGACCCCCCCGAGAAGACGGACAGCAGCGGCAAAGGCGUCGGGGAGAAAUGGUCAGCGGAUGUGUGGAGGCUGGGCUGCCUGAUCUGGGAAGUUUUCAACGGCUCGUUGCCCCGGGCUACCUCCCUGCGCUCUCUAGGGAAGAUCCCCAAGUCUCUGGUCCCGCACUACUGUGAGCUAGUGGGGGCCAACCCGAAGAUGCGCCCCAACCCGGCCCGCUUCCUGCAGAACUGCCGCUCCCCCCACGGCUUCAUGUGCAACAGUUUUGUGGAGACCAACCUCUUCCUGGAGGAGAUCCAAAUCAAGGAGCCGGCCGAGAGGCAGAAGUUCUUCCAGGAGUUGAGCGAGAACCUGGACUCCUUCCCCGAGGACUUCUGUCGCCACAAGGUCCUGCCCCAGCUGCUGACGGCCUUCGAGUUCAGCAGCGCCGGGGCGGUCAUCCUCACCCCCCUCUUCAAGGUGGGGAAGCUCCUCGGCGCGGAGGAGUACCAGCAGAAGAUCAUCCCCGUCGUCGUCAAGAUGUUCUCCUCCCCGGACCGUGCCAUGAGGAUCCGGCUGCUGCAGCAGAUGGAGCAGUUCAUCCAGUACCUGAACGAGCCCACCGUCAACUCCCAGAUCUUCCCCCACGUGGUCCACGGCUUCCUGGACACAAACCCGGCCAUCCGGGAGCAGACCGUCAAGUCCAUGCUGCUCCUGGCCCCCAAACUGAACGAGAACAACCUGAACGUGGAGCUGAUGAAGCACUUCGCCCGGCUGCAGGCCAAGGACGACCAAGGCCCGAUCCGCUGCAACACGACCGUGUGCCUGGGCAAGAUCGGCCCCUACCUCAAUGCCAGCACCAGACACCGGGUCCUGACCUCAGCCUUCAGCCGUGCCGCCAAGGACCCGUUCGCGCCCUCGCGGGCGGCGGGAGUGCUGGGCUUUGCCGCCACCCACAACCUGUACUCGAUGAGCGACUGUGCCCUCAAAGUGCUGCCCGUCCUCUGCGCCCUCACUGUCGACCCCGAGAGAACCGUCCGCGACCAGGCCUUCAAGGCGAUCCGCAGCUUCAUGGCCAAACUGGAGACGGUGUCCGAGGACCCAGCCCAGCUCGCCGAAAUGGAGAAGGACGUCCACGCGGCCUCCAGCCCCGGAGCUGGGGGAGGAGCCGCCGGCUGGGCCGGCUGGGCCGUCACCGGGGUCUCCUCCCUCACCUCGAAGCUGAUCCGGACUCACGUCCCACCGGCGGACCCCUCGGCGGCCGCAGACGUCCCCCCGAAGGCCCCUGCCGACAGCCCCGCGGCCCCGGCCCCAGCUCCGGCCCCGGCUGGUCCCGUGAGUUCAGGCCGAUGGGACCCGGAGGAGGAGGAGGAGGAGGAGGAUGGAGAAGCCAGCUCCAUGGACAGGUGGGACGACGAGGACUGGGGUAGUUUAGAGCAAGAAGCAGACGUAUCCCGGAGUCAGAGGAACGAAUGGAGCGCCGGGAAAGGGAGCAUGACGCAAGCAAAACCGGAGUCGGAGUGGAGCGGCCGGGAAGCGGGACGUUCCCGGGCCCCCGGCUGGCGGGAGGAGCCCGGGCCCCCGGCCCCGCUGCCCGAGGGCACCAAGCUGGCCAGCGACUACGACUGGGGGGGAGCCCAGAGCAGCGACAGGCCUGAUCCCUUCGCCGCCUUGUCGCCGCGGCUGGCGGCCGGCACCCAGCGGAAUCCAGACUCCUGGAGCACGGAAUCUGCCGGGGACUGGGGGUCCGAGGAGAACUGGGAGGCUUUGGAGUCCGAUAACAAGCAGGCGAAAGCAGAACUGGCCCGGAAAAAGCGGGAGGAGCGGAGGAAGGAGAUGGAGGCUAAGAGAGCGGAGCGGAAGGCCGCCAAGGGCCCCAUGAAGCUGGGAGCCCGUAAGUUGGACUGAGCCCGGCUGCCCCCAAUGCCACCGUGAGGGUCCCGGGGGGGCAGCCCCCCAACCGGACUGCCGCCGCCGCCGCCCCCCGAGGGGGCUCCCUCCGUCCCUCCGCGGGCGUAUUUAUUCUGGACACACCGCGCCCGAGGCCCCGGCCUCUCCCGCGGUCACCGCGUCCCCCCCUCCUUCACUGUACAUAUUUAGAGCCGGAAUAAAUUUUAUUUCAAGUCUCAG